GACCUCUUCACCGAAUUACCUUGGUACAGAACUAUUGAUUUCGUGAAAAUGGAGGCACUUGUGGCCGUUGGGGUCGCUUCGAACUUGGUCCAGUUCGUAGACUUCGCGGUAAAGCUUAUCAGGACCUCAAACGAGCUCCGGCAUAACGCAGCCUCGGCGGAAAACAGAGAGCACGUUUUGCUCACGAUCCAUCUGCAAAAAAUCGCAACAGAUAUCAACAAUACUUCACAGGCCAUCGAGCAACAUAACUUAUCAGAGUCGCCUGAUGACGAGGCUCUAAGGCCAGUGAUCAAAGGCUGCUGCCUACUUGCUCAACAACUGCUCCAGCGCCUCGAGGGAUGUGGCAUUCGGCCAGGCCAGACUAACACAUUCACGGCUCGUGCAAGAAGUACCCUGAAAUGUAUGUGGAACAAGCGAGAGGUCCAAGAUAUAUCAGACAGGCUGGAACGAUUUCGAACGGAAAUAAGCCUCCACCUGAUUUGUCAAAUAGAGCAACGCCAAAUGUUAUAUCAGACCCUCCUUCCUAAGAAAGAGGAUCUUGCAGCACUACAAGAUACGGUUAAUGAACUACAAUCACAGAUUCGGAGCAUACAGUCCCAAUUUGAUACCAGGUCGGGCCAACUCCAGUCCAUGCCAAACUUUAGCAUUCUGCUGGGAUCCGAACAACCACAAUCACUUUCGGAAACUGCUAGGGCGGUCACUGUAGUUGCAAGCAAACAAGACGAGAUCCUUGAGCAACUAGGCUAUUUGAAGCAGGAUUUGGCAACCACUCAGAAUCAAAAUGAUGCAAUGUUUGACUCCCUCGCGAGUUUCAAGACUUCAAAUGAAGAGCUUUACAAUCAAUCAACCCAGGCGGCGGCGUCUUUUGCGGAAUUUGGCCCAGCAUUUCAAACCGCUCUUCGUACCGGACUCUUGGAAUGUCAGCAAGCAAUUCUUGCAGGUGUCGAAAAAUCGGUUAAAGACGCUUUGAAGACAGAAUUCACUGAUCUGCAAGCAAUACUGUCACCUACUGUUCAGAACCCAUAUGUUUGUAUGGCGAAUGACUGCGCAAUGCGUGAUCCUAGAUCAGAAACAUCAGAUCUUGAUUGUGUCACAAGGAAAGAUUCGUGGCCAAGUGAAGUAAAUCAUAGAGCAUACUUCAGCAUACACGAAAAAAAAAAUAUAAGAAGACAGGAUAGCGUGGUUCUUCACUCGUACUUCAGGAUAAAGACAUCCAAAAUAGGGACUAUGUUGAUCAUGAUUUGGUAUAAAGUCAAGUUCGAUCAUCUUGGUUCAUCAAAAAGCGUCUUCGAACUGGCGGUGAACCUCGUCCCGAAUUUGUCAUGGUUCAGUACAGGCUGCUCUGCAACUUUUCGAAAGGAGGUGGAUAACAAGGGAGUUUUGCAGCUUAACCAUCAUUUACACACCUAUCGUGUCAUUCAGGUCGAACACGAUGCCAUCAGGGCUGUGGAACGAGGGGAUCUGGAAAUAGUUCGAAUGAUGCUUGAUGAGAGGACAGUGCUUCCAACAGAUCGCGAUUCUGGCGGGAGCACCCUACUUCAUUACGCCGUUGCUCAUGGCCGUUUAGACAUUCUCAAAGCACUUGUCGCCCGUGGGGCCGAUGUUAAUGCUCAGGACGGGAUCGGCCGAUCUCCUCUUGUGUGGGCGCUUUUGCCGACCAUUUUGCUCUUGAACGACGAAGGUUUCGCAAUCCUUUAUUACUUGCAAUCACUCUCCUCCACAGAUAUGAGUUGUCUUUGGGAAGAUCACCUACGAGGUACUAUGAUCACGGACCUGGUGAUCUUUCCUGUUUCUCAAACGGUAGAUAUUCAGCAUAAGCUGAAGGAUUGGGACGUGGCAUGCAAAUCCGUGGAGGUGGAACUAAAUGAUCAUACCUGCAGCUUCAAUGAAUCCUUGGUGUGCCAUUUCAGCUUCUGGACGCCAAACUCCCCAGAAGUCUCGGAUAUACGACACAGGCUAAACAUAAACAUAGGAGGCCUCGCAUCCAUCCAACAAAAUGCACGGGCUACAAUACCUCGUGUAUUUGAAAGCAUAGUUUCACAGGGGCUUGCAAGCGCCACUAAUAAUCCCAGUAUUAAUGUACCUGUAUCAUUUACUGCAGCGAUAAUGGUAUUCCAUCUAUGCACAGCCAGGACUCACUCGUUGAUAGGCGACUUACCUUCGCCCAACGUCACUUUCAGAUAUCGCGGCUAUUUUGUCGUUGGUAAAUUGGCAUUCUCCCUCAAUUUUCUAGAGCAUGUCAUUCAUCUCGGCAUUAGCUACCGGCCAGACUGUAUCUUCGACACCUAUCAGGGCAGUACAAUUUACGACAUAUUCUGGUAUACCGACUGGGAGGAUGUUUGGGAGGGGAUUCUUGAAGAUCAUGGAAUCGACCCAAGUUGGGCUUGUGAAGAAAACGAAAGAAGAAAGCGUGUAGUACUCGGCCAAACAUCAGCCCAUGAUGUGGCAAGCCCAACUCAAAGUGCUGCGGAUAUCGUGCAAGUCAAGCGACGACAGACAUAUCAUGUAGCCGAGCAUUGAACGAAGAGGUUGAACGCAAAC